AUGCCUCCAGCAAGACAUGAUUCACCUUAUGGUAACAAUGGUGGCCCUGGACAGCCAGAGUACGGCUAUCAACCACCCGCUGACAACAAUUAUCACUACAACAAUGGAGGAGCAGCAACUUCAUCGAUCGGUAGACGUCCAACCACAUUAGGCAGAGCACCCACUCGUCGCAUCGUACCUGGAGGCAACUCGAUUGCUAAUGCUAGUCAUAAUAUACAACGUGGUCGUACAUUGAUUCGCCCUGAUCGUUAUCAAGAACCCGCACCACUCUUAACUGGUAAACCCACAGCAAGUCGUAGUGUGUUUGAUCCCUGGGUAUUGUUCUCCCGUAUAGUGACAUUCUGGGCGCUACCACCUAUGCUGAGGGCACUCAAGAUGGGCGAUGCUGGUAUGCAACAAGCAUGGAGAGAGAAAAUCACGCUCUGUUUCCUGAUUGCCUGUAUGGGUGGUUUUGUGGCAUUCAUCACGAUUGGUCUCAAUUCAGUUCUGUGUCCUCCGAGUCAGGCAAACAACCAAGCAAAUUACGCUUCUUAUAACGAUACACUGCAAGCACCUAAUUUGUUGGGCGUGCUGGGCUGGCAAUUUAAUGUGUCGAAAUCGAAUCCAACAGGAAACCUCAAUUUCUACAAUUUGGCUACUGUGCCUGGAACUGAUAUCACCAACUACUUUACACAUGGCACCAAUAUCCCUGACUGCAUUAAUCCUGGCAAUGAAAAGGCUUUGACCUUUGCUGCUGUCAAUAGCAACCCUUGCUCUGCUAACAACGGUGUUGGCGGCUGUUUGUAUGGUGAUACAUCCAUUGCUAAUUUGCAAGGCACCUAUGGUUUGGUCAAUAUUUCUCGUCAAGUGGGUUACGAUUGGACUCAGUUCGCCACCGCCAAUUUAACCUAUUUCAUUGUUGUCGACGGAAACGUGCUGAAUAUGGAGCCUUACAUCAAGGCACACCCUCAACCUAUUGUAAAUGAUGAAUUGGAUGGAGUGAUUCGUGGUUUGCUCAACAGCAGCUUUGCGGAAGGCGGUCGUGAUGGUACCAAAAUGCUGUUUAGACGCCCUGAAUUCAAGGCUUCCAUCAACUGCCUUGUUCAAAAGUACAGAGCUGGCCAUAUCGACAAGAGUACCACUGGCUGUUUCGUGUCUACUAUUGUGUUGGCUGCCUCGCUCGGUAUUGUGCUGGCUAUCGUGUUGGCUCGUUUCUCCAUGGCUUUGAUCUUUUCCUGGUUCUUGUCUCGCAAACUGUCUCGCACGCCUCCACCUGUACCACCCUCAGCUGCAUCAGCCGCAAGCAGUGUUAUGAUGAGAAAUCAACAAACAAUGGAAAUGUCUGAUAUCAAGCCCGGUAUGAUGCAACGCAACGAUUCAGGUAGUACUUUGAUCCCUGCUGGUGGCGUCGCUGGUAAGAGAGUGGAAGUUGGCAAUGAUCUCUUUACUGUGCUCUUGAUUACAUGUUACUCUGAAAACACGGAAGGUAUCCAAGCUACUGUGGAAUCACUGUCGGCCACCGACUAUCCUGAUGAUCGCAAAUUGCUUUUCUUGAUUGCUGAUGGUAUUAUUACGGGUCAUGGUGAGACCAUCUCUACGCCUGACAUGUGUUUGUCCUUGCUGACAUUUGACGAAAACCAACCCAGCAUGAAGGAUCCUGAGCCUAUGCCUUACAUUGCUGUGGCUGUUGGCUCCAAGCAACACAACUGCGCCAAGGUAUAUGCUGGUCAUUAUGUGUGCAAAGGUCAUAAGGUGCCCAUGAUUUUGGUAGUCAAGUGCGGUAAUCCUGACGAGCAAGGCAAGCCCAAGCCUGGUAACCGUGGUAAACGUGAUUCUCAGCUCAUCUUGAUGAACUUCUUCAGCAGAGUGACCUACAACGACCGCAUGACGCCGCUUGAUUAUGACUUGUUUAGAAAGAUCCAGUUUUUGAUGGGCGUGACACCUGAUUACUUUGAAUUGGUGCUCAUGGUGGAUGCUGACACCAAAGUGUAUCCCACCUCAAUGCGAUUGCUGGUAAAUUGUAUGGUAAAUGACAACAUGAUUAUGGGCUUGUGCGGUGAAACCAAGAUUGCCAACAAGAGAGAUUCGUGGGUCACUGCUAUUCAAGUGUACGAGUACUUUAUCUCCCAUCACUUGGCCAAGGGCUUCGAAGCUGUGUUUGGUGGUGUUACCUGUUUGCCUGGUUGUUUCUGUAUGUACCGUCUCAAGGCUCGCAAGGGCGAUGGUGAUUGGGUGCCCAUCAUUACAAAGCCUGAAAUUGUGCAAGAGUACUCCUCCAACACCAUUGACACACUGCAUCAAAAGAACUUGCUGCUUCUCGGUGAAGAUCGUUUCUUGACUACGCUUAUGCUCCGUAACUUCCCCUUCCGUAAGAUGGUGUUCACGCCUCAUGCUAUCUGUAAGACCAUUGUCCCUGAUGAAUUCAAGGUGCUCUUGUCGCAGCGUCGUCGUUGGAUCAACUCUACCAUUCACAACUUGUUUGAACUCGUACUCGUCCGUAAUCUCUGUGGUACCUUCUGCUUCUCCAUGCAAUUCGUUGUAAUGAUGGAUCUGGUGGGUACUUUAACACUGCCUGUCGCUAUCAUCUUGACCGUCGUCCUUAUUGUCAACAUGGCACAAACUGAAAUCAACAGUCUCAGUGCAGCACUGCCCCUGAUUCUCUUGAUCAUCGUUCUGUUCUCUCCAGCAUUCUUGAUUCUGAUCACAACUCGCAAGUGGGUUUAUCUGAUGUGGAUGGUUGUCUACCUGUUUGCCUUGCCAAUCUGGAACUUUGUGCUGCCAGUCUACUCUUUCUGGCAUUUCGAUGAUUUCUCCUGGGGUGAAACUCGUAAGGUAGAAGGCGAAACCAAGGACGACCACUCAAAGAAGGACGGUGUGUUUGAUCCAUCCAAGGUGCCAUUGAAGCGCUGGGAGGAUUAUGAGCGUAAGCGUGUGAGAGCCAACAAGAGACGUGAGCGCAAGGAAAGACAGAUGCGUGAGAUGGGUCCUACUCACUUGAUGCAUACCAUGAUGCCUUCUGAAGAAGAUGAAUCAAAGCGUGGACUACUCGGCAACACUGAUGAAGACGACUCUGUUUCCCACAUGUCUUAUCAAACCGACAUGUCCAACAGUGCUGCAACUCCUGCUCACUAUUUUGAUCCAUCCAAAGAGGCACCUGCAAAGGCUGGAUCAGGAUACUACCCCACUUAUAGACCUCAGUCAAUGGCACCGCAACCAAUGCCAAAGAACAAUAUACCAUUACAACCUACUCCUACAGCUCCUGGUCCUUGGGGCCCUCAGCAAAACUACGGAUCAGCGGCGCAAUCCCAUCCUAACAUGCACCAGCAAUCUCCUCCUCCGAUGAAUCAGCAGAGAGGCCCAAUGAGUCCGCCAAUGCAUCAACAACAACAUCAUCCUCAACAACAUCCUCAACAUCAACAGCAAUAUCCUCAAGGCCAAAUGGGCGGCCCUCAAGGUCAAUAUGUGAAUACCAGACCCAACAUGCCUCCAAAUAACCAGCAAGGAUCAUUUCAUGGUUUCUAA